AAGCACAUGACCAAGGCGUGUUUACACCUGCACACAUCACCGUGCUCACCACGCACACCCUGACGGGUCCCGCUGCCUCUCCGUCAAGCCGGGAUAAGGAUUUGACCUUGCGUCAGGACGCGGUUUGCUGUGGGGACGCUCUCUCGCUCCAGGGAGCCUCUGCUCAUCUGUCCCCAGCAGAAAGUGUCCAGCUUCGCCGCUCACUGGUUUCAGGAAGCCUGUCUUCUUGGCAACCACCAUGGACGACACAGAUAUAGAACAGGUGACUCUGGCCCUGCUAGAUGCAGCCAAUGAUAAGGACUCUGAGGUCCAGGAUCAGGUCAGAAAGUCUAUGUUGACUCUGGGAAAGCAGCAGCCAGACCGAGUGCUGGCCAUGUGCCAGGACUACCUCCUGAAGAAUCCCAAGCUUGUAGUGAGUCACAGAGUUGUGAUUCUUCAGACCAUUGAGCUGAUUGUUGGCUGCAGGAUAGAGGAGCUCAGUGCUCCCCGAAUAAAAAGCAUCAUCUCCCUGGCUUCAGAGGAAAUGACCAGAUCCAAGGACGUCGUUCCUGACUGGCAGCAGGCGGCCAGUAACAUCUUGGUUGCCGUGGGAAACAAACGCAUCAAUGACAUCAUGGAGGAGAUCUUGAGCAAGUUCCAGCCAGGGGUGCUACCUCACUUCUUCGUGGUUCAAACGCUGGCCAACCUCUCUGACUCAAACGUUUAUGGGAUGGUGCCGUUCCUGAAUGCCAUCUUGGGAACCAUGUUGCCAAUGCUGGGCAUGGCCAAACAGGACAACAUGAAGUGGGUAUUUUCAUCCGCGCUGUGUCAUUUCAGUGACAGCAUCCUGGAGUACCUGGCCAACCUGGACAAAGCUCCAGACCCCACAGUCAGAAAAGACACAUUCUCCGGUGAAAUCUAUGCGGCCUUUGACAUUCUCUUCAAUAACUGGUUACAAAGCAGGGAGCCCAAGCUCAGGCUGACAGUGGGUGAGGCGGUGGGCUCUAUGUGUCACCUGAUGGCCAGUGAUAAACUGGAGGAGCAGCUCCCCAGAAUCAUCCCCGCCAUCGUGUCCCUGUACAAGAAAAACACCGAGCACUACGUCAUCAGCAAGAGCUUGUGCCAAGUCCUGGAAGCGUCGGUCAACAUGGGCAGCAGAGUCCUGGAUACGCAGCUGGACGGUCUCCUAGUGGCUCUGCAUCAGCAGGUUUCUGCUCUUGUUGAUUACAGCGACCCUCCGACUGUCAAGAACCACAACGAAGUCUUGCGUUGCUUCAGCCUGCUCGCCAACUCUUUUCCGGACCGGCUGGUCAUGUACGUCCUGCAGCGUUUGGAGAACAGUAACGAGCGCAGCAGGAUGGGCUCCCUGGCUGUGCUUCGGCACCUCAUAAACUCCUCCUCUUCUACAAUGGAGAGCAAAAAGCUUCUGAUUCUGGCCAGUAUUAGACAGCCAAUGGCUGACCACAGCAACAAGGUGAAGAAGUGUGUGGUCCAGGUGAUCAGCGCCAUGGCACAUCAUGGCUACCUGGAAUUAGAGGGAGGGGAAUUACUGGUCCGAUUCAUAGUUCAAAACUGUGCUCUGCACGACACAUACCAGUCCCACCAAAGAGCAACGAGCGAUCCAGAGGAGGUGACCAAUGAGGCACUAAGGACGAUGUGUGACAGCACCCUCCAUCUUCUCACCACCACCGUUGGCCGCCUCGCUGACGUGCUUUGGCCCAAGUUGCUGUACUAUCUGACGCCGUCACAGUUCAGCAAUGCCACGACUCCUCUCUGCAAGAGUCUCAUCGUGUUGGGGAACAAGAAAAAGAGCAACCAGGAGCCCAGCUUCAAGAUUGAUUUCACACAGGAGGUUAAUCUCCCAUCUCCUCAAACUCUAAUGAUCAGACUGCUGGUCAACGCAGCAUUUCCUUUUAAUAGCAGAGGCCAUGGACCGCCGUCGCUCUCACUCCUGCAGACCCUCAGCAUCAACAUUCACCCCAAAACAGAAACGGUCUGGGAGAAGGAAAUUCCUCCUCUGCUUUCACUGCUAGAGGAGUCAACAGCAGAGAGUCUGGAUAAGAAGAAGUGGGAUGAGAAACUCCUAGAGCUCUUGACUCAAACCCUGAUGUCGAUUGAAGAUGACAAGUGGGUUUGUCAGUUUGCUGCUGAAGCAACAAGAUACCUGUCGACGUACAACAACGCCCUGGAGGAGAAGAGCUUCCUGUACCGAUGUAUCGGAGUGACUCUCCAGCAGUGUUUCAAUAAGGAGGUUGUGAAGAAGCAGCUACAGGAAGUCCUCCUCGCAGCGCGACACAGUGAUGCAAUUGAAAGAGAAGGAGUGGCGAUGGGUGUCGGUCUGUGUGCCAACAGCCAUUUAGAGGGAACGUUAGCCAAACUCGAUGAGUUUGGCAAAUCGGACGCUUUCAAAAAGUCGCCGAGCAUCUUCAACCUGCUCAAAGAGCGUAAUGAAGUUGAGGUGGAGAAGGUGAAGAGCACAUUGAUCCUGUGCUACGGCCACGUGGCGCUGAACGCACCUCCAGAGAAGAUUCUCAGCCGCAUCGAUCAGGACAUCUUGCGCUGCAUCAGUAAACAUUUCAACACCAAGGUUCUUGGGAUUAAAGUAGAGACAAAGGACCUGACCAUGAAGCUCAGUUUGAUCCAGAGCGUUGGGCUCAUAGCUAAAGCCAUCAGCAGAUGUGUGAAGAAACAAGGCUACAUCUUCUCCCGCAAGCAGGAGCUCAUCACCGUUAUGCUGGAUUUCAUCAAGUCAGAGCCGUCUGACUCAUUAAGGACUGCAGUACGCCCCCUGGUGAUGACAACCUGUGCCAACCUUGUGUCCCUGGACCCUCCACUAAGUGAGAAUGAGAGCUUUGACUUGCUCAAGGUGUGUGUGAACGGCGUCUUCUCCCUGCCGCCCGACACACACACUCCAGAGAAAACUAAAGACGAGGAGAUCCUCGACCCCAAGCAGAGAAAGGUUUUGUACAAAGACACACUGGCUGCUUUGCAGGAGCUUCUGAGGAGCAUACUGGCCAGGGAUCCCAGUCCGGACGGCUUCCAGAGUAUCUUUAAGCACAUUGAAUCAUGGCUGGCCUCUGUACAUGACCAUGAGAGGGAGAGGGCCAUGACGGCCACCUCGAACCUGCUGGCUUACUACCUGGAGAACCUGACAGUCAAGUGUAUGGUGUCUUUCCACAACCUGGGAGCCCUGCUGGGUCGGCUGUCUCCCCGCUGCUCUGACCCUCUGCUGGCCGUACGCGCCGCGGCUGUCGACUGCAUUUACACGCUGCUUUCCAUACAGCUACGAUACGAAGGAUUCUCCUUGGACUAUAGAGAUGAAGGUGUUGAAGAUCUGCUGACUCUAAAGGAAGCUCUGGUGAACCCGGACCAUUCAGUGCUUUACAAGACCUGUUCAGACCUCACAAAGGUGAUGAGUAAGCGUCUGCCUCAGCAGCAGCUGACGACGCUGGUCUUCAUGUUGUUUGAAGGGCUGGUCGACAGUCAGGCCAACUGCUGCAGAGCUUCGUCCGUCAUCUUAAACACUCUGCUGAAAAACAGGGGCGCCGGAUUACAAGACCUGGUCCCAGAAAUGCUGGAGGUUCUGCAUGUGCGUCUGCAAAGCAUUACAGAGGAGCAGGUGAGAGUCGCAGUGGGACAGACUGUACUGAUCCUGGCUUCUCAGCAUCUGCAGACUGUCGUCAACACUCUAGUCAACCAACCACUUCCUUAUGACAGCUGGACCAGUGAGAUGUGGAUGGCGAUGGGAGCGGAUCCCAUUGUAGCCAAUCAGAUCAUGGAGAUGGUGAUGGAGAAGCUUGUCAUCACAGCGCCCUAUGUUGACAAGAAGGAGUUUAUGAUGAGGGGAGGCAUGACCAAAAUGGCCACCAAUCAGCCUCUGGCAAUGACGUGCGGCCUGAAGGAGCUGCUGUUGAACGGUCAGUCUCAGGAACCAGCACUCAGCCUGUUCCCUCAGCUCUUCUCAUGUCUCACCGUCAGACUGGGAGCGAGCGUCGGAGUCAUGCCACCCAAAGACAACAACCAUAAACACUCUGGCUCCCUGCAUGUCGCAGGGGUUGCAGCCGAGGCUCUGAGAAUCCUGUUGGCCCGAGCUCAGCUGGAUGAGGUGAUGAAACGACUCGAUGAAGACGAUGCCUGGGAUGCCAUGAAGGAGCUAAAUACACACGUUACCGGGGUAACGCUUCUAGCAAGAGCAAUGGCGAAGCAUGCUGGUCCCAGACUGCCUGCGAUCGUAGAGUGUCUCUGUCCGAACCUCAACAACAUUUACGAAUGUCAGAGGAUUACCGUCACCGCUUUCUUUUCUGAGCUGCUGAACCAUCAUGUGGCGACGGAGCUGAUGCUGAUAGACGUCCUGAUGAACAACAUGAUGGAGAGGAUAUCGGAUCCCUGCUGCACCGUGCGCAUGCUGGCGGUGCGAGGACUCGGCAACAUAGCAGUGGGAUCGCCAGAAAAGGUGAAUAAAUACGCCAAGGAGCUGCUGGCAGCCAUGAGCUCAGGAAUGGAGGAGAAAGACGAUCCGGGUAAACUGAUCACCUUGGAGGCCAUGUCCGGUCUGUCUAAAGUUCUUCUCCACCUGGACAAGAACAACGUUCACUUACUGGUGGUCUACAUCUUCAUGAAGAUUCGACCCUUCUUAGAAAAUGACAAUGACGAUAUACGCUGUGCUUCCAUCCUCCUAAUGGGAAACCUGUCCAAGUUUGGCUCGGGAGAGCAGGUUUUCAAGGACCAGAUCCACAACGUCCUGGUCAGCUUGCUGUUGCACCUGGUGGACCCAAACACUCAAGUGGUGAAGGCGUGUAAAUAUGCGAUGCGAGUGUGUGCGCCUGUCGUUGGGUCAGAGCAGAUCACAGCCAUGUUUCAGAACCACCUGCACGAGGACAAAAGUUUGCACUACGGAGAGUUCAUCAACGACCUCACAAAGUACCUGAUUCAGGACUUUCCCGGCAUGCUGAACUUCUACCACAUCUCCGUCAUCCAGUUCUUCAAGAGCAACUGGCCUGAAGUCAGAGCUGCAGCGGCCAUGUUUAUAGGGUUCCUCCUGGGGAAUAUUCAGCAGGAGCACCUCUCUCACCUCAACAUGGGCACCAUCUCCAAAGGUUUAGUGGUGCUGCUGCAGGAUCCAGAUCCUGUGGUGAGGGUAAAGGCAGCUGAAGCGAUGGGCCACUUUCACUGACACCUGGACAAUCAGCUGUGGAAAAGACUGAGAGGUUGUUUUUUUUUCAGUAGAAGAAAAAAAAAAGUCUGCGGUGGUCGACUAGAUCUGAGUAAUACAUUCAAUAAAAAGAAAUCAGGAAUUGAAAAACAUUCAGUUUACAAAACAACCUGUAAGCCGUAAAAUGUGUAGCCUUCAUAUAAAGCGAUCUUUACAACUUGAUCUCAACAUCUAUCAAAACCAAACUGGAACAAGACAGAACAAAUAACCAGUCUUAUUGAUAUGAUCAUUUCAACCUAUGAUGCGAGAAAAUUCACUGUCAUAAAUAAAAAACAAAUGCACCUUCA